AGUCAUCGCUUACUACGUCAUCAUUGUGCGAUGUCUCUCCACAGACAACAGGCAACGCUUGGUGGUCUCAUUCCGUCAUGUUUACCGUUUAAUUCACUAACCUGGGGCGUUUUGUGUCGCAGUUGAAUCGCUAUUUAGUUUUUUAUAGUGAAUACACUUUGUAGUUGACGCUAAUUUAUUUCAACAUGGAGUCCGGAGAGGCAAGCGAGGGGGAGAAGGCAGGCUGUCUGUCGGCGUCGCAGAGGAGGGCAGAGAUCCGGAGGAGAAAGCUGCUUCUCAAUUCAGAGGACCGGAUGAACAGAAUCGUGGGUUUCACUAAAAGCGAGGCUGAAAACAAAGCUGCAGCUCUCCGGCGUCCGACAGAGCCCCGCUUCCACCUCGAUCUCGACCGGACAGAGCCAUGGUCAUCAUCCUCAUCUUCCCAGAGGCCGUCUCCCUUCCUGGCCGAGGCUUCGGGGCUACGCAGCCGCUCCCACAGUGCCACCCCAGAGAGGAGGGGCUCCCCUCUGCCAGACUCCAGUGAGCCACUGGGGGGCUCUCUGGAAGAUGACAUCGGAGGGAUCCGACAGAAACUGCGAGGGGAGCGGGCAUCAGACGACAUCAGCGGCUCCCCGCGUAAAGGCCUCCAGAAGUACCUGUCUCGGUUUGACGAUGCUAUGAAACUGCGGGGACAGCUGGCCAAUGAGAAGCCGGCCCAGGACGGAGGGUCUGACUCAGAGGAGUUUGAUCCCUUCGUAAUCUUCCGGCUCGUCGGCAGCAUCCUCCUCGCUAUUUUUGUCAGGGUUUUUGUCUGCAAGUUUCUGUCGAUAUUUGCUCCAUUUCUGACCCUCGAACUGGCCUAUAUGGGGUUGUCCAAAUACUUUCCAAAGGUAGAGAAAAAGGCCCAGACCACUGUGCUGACCGCUGCCCUGUUGCUGUCCGGCAUCCCCGCUGAGGUCAUCAACCGCUCCAUGGACACCUACAGGAGGAUGGGCGACGUGUUCGCCGACCUCUGCGCUUACUUCUUCACCUUCAUCCUCUCGCACGAGAUCCUGCUGGUCGUUAGCUCAGAGACUCCCUGAUGGAUCACACAGAUCUCAGUAACCCCCCCUCCCCCCCUUCUUGUUGUCCCCUCCCUCUGUGUCCCAUAACAACAAGGCAUGGUCAUUUACAUCGGCCGACGCGGCUUUGCCGUCGACAGUCUGCAAAGGAGUCCUUACUGCCUUACGAUGAAGGUCACACUACGUGACCAGAGAGUUCAGUGUUUGUUACAGAUCUCACGAACUGAACCUGAGAAACAGAAUUCCAACAUGUUUUUGUUUGCGCGAAGAACGUACUGUGGCAUAUAUCGUGCCGAGUGAUAUUUAUUCGUUAGGUCGAGCACAUAAAAUGAUAAAUGUAAUACUCAACAGUGGACACCAGUACAGCGCAGUAUCACUCGCAGAACAUUUAAAUUAUGAAUGGGAAUCCUUGAAGUCCCUCAACGUCUGGGCGAUAUUUCUAAAACUGACAUCAUUAAUUUAACAAAUCUGAUAUUGAUGCAUAUCACAAUAUGGAGAGUGCAUGCCAGAUGACACAAAAUAAUCAAACGGGUGUCUGAUGCAAUGAACUCUCUGGCAGUAUUGCAUCAGAAAAGCUCUUCACAUGCGUUAAACAGGAACUUUAAAGAGUAAAGGGCCUUCCACACCAAGAACACUAACUAUAAUAAUAACUAUAAUAAUAACUAUAAAUAUGACGAUGUGAGCGUCCACACUGAUUAACGAUAACGCUCUAUAAACGGCGUAUUCGGAUGGAUUUUGAUCGAUACAAUAUCGUUCGCCAUUGUUGUCGUCAUAGUUGUGGUGUUGACCCCGCCAUCUACUCGAGUAAGUUUUAAUUUUUGAAACGAUAUGUAUUUAUAGGCUCACAAAUGGCAACCGUCAUGGAGGUCCAACGAAAGUGUAAUUACAUAAAGGUUUAGGACAAGUUCUGAGAUUCUGACUUAAAUAUUUGAAUUAUUCUCUUUUUUUUCUUGACUUCUGUGAAUAAACUCAAAAGAUCUGAUCAUAUAUUUCACAUAUUUCCCUCGCAUGCCCUGUCAGAUAUACAUCAGCUAGCAAGACAAAUAAAGUUCUCUGGAUAGUACUCUACUCUUAAGCUUGUUAUUUCUUAUGUCCCCAAAGUUUGAGUUGCACACAGUUACACACACGACCCUCCAGCCUUCAGUUAGAGAUUUUAAAAGAUAGUUUGAGUAUUUAUCAGUAUCUAGUUCCUGAUUUAUUUUAUUUGGUGUCUUAAGAACUUGACCUCGUCUUUAAUUGGUUUGUGUUGUGACAGAUUUGCUGGUAUGCUGUUGCUUUAAGUCACGUUUUCUGUUGGAUCUGUCAUCCAGUGUUCAGAAGGGUCCACCCAUGUUAUGAACAAGUUCAGAAGAAGCAUUUAGUCCUUUUAAUGUGGUGUGUAUUAUUUUGCACGUAUAUGAGCUUAAAAACGCAGUAAACUUCAUACUAUAUAUAUAUAUAUAUAUAUAUAUACAUACUCUCUACUACUACUACUUUCGUCUUGUAAUGUCCUCUCUACAUACUUCAAAUUUCAUCCAAAUUAAUUAAUGUGAAUUUCUUUUUUUCAUGUAAAUGAAUUGGUGUGAUUUAUCCUACGGCUUGUCAGACCUACUUGAUUGUUUUUGAUAAUGUUUACAGAAUAACUGUUUUUAGUGGCUCUCACAGUAUCUGACUUCAGUAACAAAUUCAGUGUUGACGUGAAAUAAACUGAUUAAAGAUAUACACGGGAAUACAUAACCGGACAAUUCAUACCAAAUAAAUACUACUUGUGUGACGUGAA